AUGAGUGAGAAUUACGGACCAACCAACGGAGAAUCAUCUGAGGAUGACACACCAAAUUAUACGGCAUCAGAUGCCAAUUCUUCGGCUAUUGACCAGCAGCUAAAUUCACAAAAUCAACCGGUACUACUCCAGCCUUCAACUGUUCCUUCACAAGCAAUUGGGAAUACUUCUCAAUCAACCGUACCGCUUUCCCUAGAUCCAGAUGAAAAUCAUACCAGCCUAGGCUAUUUUGAAGUAAACGAUAAGAAAUCAGAGAUCGUUGAGCAAGAAGCGACCGAGCCUCAGAUGGAUCCAUUUUUUGAAGGUGUUUUCUUUCAGCAUGAUGAUGCUCAGCCAGCCAGCAACACUCAAAAUAAAGCAAAUACAUUAAUUGAAAAAAGGCCUAUCAAUGAAAAGUACACAGUAGGUAUAGGAUGUUUGCCUUUGCAGAGAGAGUUUGUUACUGCAAAGAAAGGUGGUCAUUUUACUAUAAUGGUUGUAGGACAGACUGGACUAGGGAAAACUACGUUUGUGAACACCUUGUUCAGGACUUCAUUGCUACCUAGUGUAUGGGAUACUUUAGAAAGUGUAAAGCCAAAUGUGUUUUUUAAAAAAACCACUAGAAUUAUUCGUCACCAAGCUAUGAUUGAAGAAAAUAAUAUUAAAUUGAAACUUACUGUCAUUGACACACCUGGAUUUGGCGACAAUACUAACAAUUCUUUUGCAUGGUCACCAAUAAUCAGCUAUAUCGAUGAACAGUUUAGGUCCUAUAUUUUCCAAGAAGAACAACCUGAUAGAAAGCGUUUAAGUGAUAAUAGAAUUCACUGUUGCUUAUACUUUUUAAACCCAUCUAAUAAAGGUAUUUCUCCUUUGGAUAUUGAAGCCAUGCAAGAAAUAUCUAAAAGAGUGAACUUAAUUCCAGUUAUCGCCAAGGCAGAUUCUUUAGGCGUUCACAAUAUCAUCACAUUUAAAGAUGAUGUAAAAAAGAUUAUUAACGCACAAGGAAUUAAAGUCUGUGCCUUUUUAGACGAGGGUGAUCCAGACUGUCAAGCUGUCUGCAGAGACUCGCCAUACACGUUGGUCUGUUGCGACAGCUAUGUCCAAAAACCAAACGGCGAGAGAGUCCGUGGCAGAAAAUACAAAUGGGGCGUCGCAGAGGUGGAAAACCCAAAACAUUCAGACUUUUGCCUACUAAGAGAUAUUUUAAUGUCCAGAAACAUGGUAGAUUUGGUUGUCAGCAGUGAGAAAUAUUAUGAAACUUGUCGUUCUCACAUGCUAAUGACUCGUAUCAACCAAGCCAAAGACGGUUUAGCCGCUGAAACCAGCGAAGACAAUGUAAUUUUGAAAAACAUGAACUAUGAAAACCCCGAUGCUAAUGGUUUACAAAACUAUAAAUGUUACCAAAUUUACAACAAACAGUACAUGGACGAAUUGAUAAUAGAAUGGUCUCCAGAGUUCAUUCACAAGCAAUGGGAGGCUAAAAAGAGAUUCAACGAAAUAGUUCAUCUAGAAGAGAAGAAAUUCAAGGACUGGAAGAGAGCCUUAAUGUUCAAACAAACAAAUUUCAACAGUGAGAUUGAAGAUGUACACAAUCGUGUUAAAAACCUACAAAUCGAUUGUGAAGAAUUAGAAUCUAUCUUGUUGCAAACCGGCGGUGUUGGAGGUAACAUGAACAGCAAGCGUAUGAGUAAACAUGAUUUACUACAAUAG